UGAGGCCUAGAUUCAGGCCCAACUCAAUCCGUCACGUUACAUCUCUAAAAAUCGACCAACUUUAAUAAAACCGUCAAGAGUCGCCGGAAAAAUUACAGAUUCGUUCAACACGGCGGCGCGAUGAGGUUCCGGUACGCUAUGGUCUGUUCGUCGAAUCAGAACCGGAGCAUGGAAGCUCACGCUCUUCUUAGGAGACAAGGUCUCGACGUUGCUUCGUACGGGACUGGGUCUCAUGUUAAAUUACCUGGACCAUCUCUCAGAGAGCCUAACGUUUACGAUUUUGGAACUCCUUACAAGCAGAUGUUCGAUGAGCUCAGGCGCAAAGAUCCUGAACUGUACAAGCGGAAUGGUAUAUUGCAGAUGCUUAAGAGGAAUUUAUCUGUGAAGCUUGCUCCUCAAAGAUGGCAAGAUAAUGCUGGUGAUGGUGUCUUUGAUGUGGUUAUGACUUUUGAAGAAAAGGUUUUCGAUUCUGUCCUUGAAGGUAAUACUACAUCUUCCCUGUCAGAUACCUUGUUUCAAAAUUGUUUCAUUCUAAAGGGGUCACUAAGUAGAUACAUACUCACCACAGACUCUUAUAACAUUGAUCUUUUACAUGCGGUGUUUCUAAACAAUCUUCUCAUUUGGUUAACUAUGCCCAGCUAGUUAGCUGUUUGGUUAGAUACAUAUGCAUUGAUGAAGUCGUAGAGCAUCGACAAAUCAUGUGAUACUCGAGUUCUACAGGGUUAUUGCCUUUUCUUUUAACUUAUAAUUGCCUUUUACCUUGCUGUAAUUGUUUAGCUGAAAAACGAUUGCGAUCAUGUUUUGAUAGA